AUGACAUCUGCACCUGAGCUGGUGACAGGCACAGCCGAGCCAGGACAGAAUGGCAAGUUCACACUGGAGAUCGCUGAUAUUGUGGUUGUGGUGGUCUACUUUAUAUUUGUGCUGGCAGUGGGAAUAUGGUCAUCUAUCAGAGCCAACAGGGGAACCAUUGGAGGAUACUUCUUAGCAGGCAGAUCCAUGACAUGGUGGCCAAUUGGCGCUUCUUUGAUGUCCAGUAAUGUUGGCAGUGGCUUGUUCAUUGGAUUAGCAGGCACUGGGGCAGCAGGGGGAAUCGCUGUCGGGGGAUUUGAGUGGAAUGCAGCAUGGGUCCUCAUUGCUUUGGGCUGGAUCUUUGUGCCGGUAUACAUUUCUGCUGGAGUCGUCACCAUGCCUGAAUAUCUCAGGAAGAGGUUUGGAGGCCAGCGCAUUCGGAUCUACAUGAGCGUUCUGUCUCUCAUUCUCUACAUCUUCACCAAGAUAUCAACAGACAUUUUCUCUGGAGCGCUGUUCAUUCAGGUGUCACUGGGGUGGGACCUGUACCUCUCCACUGUAGUGCUGCUUGCAGUCACAGCACUCUAUACUAUUGCUGGUGGAUUGACAGCAGUGAUUUACACUGAUGCACUUCAGACUGUCAUCAUGGUAGUUGGAGCAUUUGUUCUCAUGUUCAUUGCGUUUAAUAAAGUGGGCUGGUACGAGGGUUUGCUGGAGCAGUAUGGGAAAGCUAUACCUGCUGUCACUGUUCCUAACACCACAUGUCACCUCCCUCGCCCUGACGCCUUCCACAUCUUCCGGGACCCGGUUAGUGGUGAUCUGCCAUGGCCUGGUCUGAUCUUCGGGCUCACUGUGCUGGCUACAUGGGUGUGGUGCACUGACCAGGUGAUAGUGCAGAGGUCCCUCUCUGCCAAAAACCUGUCACAUGCUAAAGGAGGCUCAGUGCUGGGUGGCUACCUGAAGAUCCUCCCCAUGUUCUUCAUCGUCAUGCCAGGAAUGAUCAGUAGAGCACUCUACCCAGAUGAAGUGGGAUGUGUGGAUCCUGAUGAGUGCUUUAAGAUAUGUGGAGCUACAGUGGGCUGUUCUAACAUUGCCUAUCCUAAACUCGUGGUGGAGUUAAUGCCAGUAGGUAUGCGAGGCCUGAUGAUUGCAGUGAUGAUGGCUGCUCUCAUGUCCUCCCUUACUUCUAUAUUUAACAGCAGCAGCACCCUCUUCACUAUGGACAUUUGGCUGCGCAUGAGACGGCAGGCAUCUGAGAGGGAGCUCAUGGUUGUGGGCAGGGUAUUCAUUUUAUUCUUGGUGGUCCUGAGCAUCUUAUGGAUUCCAAUUAUUCAGUCAGCCAACAGUGGGCAGCUUUUUGACUACAUUCAGUCUAUAACCAGUUACUUGGCCCCUCCAAUCACUGCUGUCUUUCUGAUGGCCAUCUUCUGGAGCCGCGUGAAUGAACAAGGAGCGUUCUGGGGGCUGAUGGUGGGUUUGGCGGUUGGCUUUGUUCGCAUGGUGAUGGAGUUUGCCUAUGGUACUCCUUCCUGUGGACAGAAGGACCUGAGACCCCCCAUACUGAAAGACGUGCACUACCUGUACUUUGCUCUUAUACUGCUCGCGCUGACAGUGCUGGUCAUUACUGCAGUCAGCCUCUGCACUUCUCCUAUUCCAGAGCAACAUCUUAUCCGUCUAACCUGGUGGACAAGACACAGUAAGGCAGAGCGUGUAGACCUGGAAGACCUGUGGGCAACUUCACGCACAUCAGCACGGUCUCAUCCUGCUUCUGACCCGGAGCCAAAGAUGGAAAGGCCUACGUGGUGGAAACAAGUGGGAAUGUGGUUGUGUGGACUGUCUGAAGCUCCCAAACCAGAGCUAAGCAGAGAGGAACAGCUGGCUUUGGAGAAAAAGCUGACUAGCAUUGUAGAGGAACCAAUCUGGAGAAAUGUUUGCAAUAUCAAUGCCAUCAUUCUACUUGCUGCCAAUGUAUUUCUUUGGGGCUACUUUGCUUAA